GGGGAAUUAUUUUGUGAAUCCAUCUAUGCAGAUCAAUCUAUGAGCUGAUGAUUGAAUUGACACCAUUACUGAAGAGAGUUCCAUGUGAAGAAGAGUUUGCUGUUUUUGGGAGGAAAAGGGAAUCGGGUCUGGAUCAAAUGGAGCUAAGAUGCCCUAAAAUCGACGUCUAAGAUUGAAAGCAAGCUGAAGACAAUGAAUCCGGACCCUAGAAGAAAGAAAUGCAGAUGGGUUUUGGGUUUAUUCUAACCUACCCGACUGUUCCCUUUAAAGGAAAGAGAAGAGCAGUUGUUUCUACCCUCUAGAGCUGCUGUCAUUUUGGUAGUAGUUCCAUCAUCAUCAUCAUCCUCAACUUUUCAAGAACUAGGCAUAAUGGGUCCAAGGUGGAAAGGAAAGGGAGCAGAAGCUAAGGCUCAUUCUGAUCCCAUGUCAAAGAUAAUUUCACAGCUUCAAUCUUCACUACUUGCGUCAACAAAUUUUCAUGGACUCCUCUCGGGUUGCGUUAUACUUCUUGAAGUUGGAGCAGAACAAGCUGAGCUUCUUAGUCGUGCCUGUUUUGGCCGACCCACUAGAACCGCACAAGAAGAAAACAACCAAUGGUUUCAGUUAACUCUAGAGGAAGCCUUUUACCUCUCCCACAGUCUCAAAUGUCUUAAGAUCCUUGAUGAGGAAGGAAAUUCGAAAAAUGACAACGAUCUAUGGAAAUUCAUGAAAUCAAAAAGAGAAGCUUUCCCUUACUCAUUUAAGGUUUAUUCUCAUCUUCGUGAUAGGAAUUGGGUGGUAAGGUCUGGAGCUCAAUAUGGUGUGGAUUAUGUUGCGUAUAGGCACCAUCCUUCUGUGGUGCAUUCGGAGUACGCUGUGCUUGUUUUGUAUGAAAAAAAGGAUUGUUUUGCACAAAGGUUGAGGGUUUGGUCAGAUUAUGAAUGUGUAAUUCGACUUUGUGGCAGCGUGGCAAAGACAUUGCUUGCUAUUUAUGUAAACUCAAAGGAGGAACCUUGUGAGUUUUCAUCGUGUCUAGAGAAUUUUUACGUAGAAGAACGAACAAUCAUGCGAUGGAGCGCAGAGCAGCGACGUGAGGAUGGGUAUGAAGUAAAAGACUUCAUCAAAUAAGAUGUGCUUUAUGUACAUUUUUUUGUUUGAUGUUUUUUCUUUUAAUUUGGGUAAGUUAUAAAAACAAUAAUAAUAAUAAUGGAACUAGGUGUAUGAAAUCUUGAUAUUUAUUUAGGUUGUGUUUAAGUUAGUGUUGAAUUGGAAUUGGGGUUGGUUUGUUGGAUCA